AUGAAAUCUUUUAAACUUAUUGUUCAUCAAAGUAGCUUUAGCCUUGUUGAUUUAAUCAUAAACUUGAAAGACUAUCCUGGGCUAAAAGAAAAAGAUAUUGUAGAAAUCUAUCACCCCGAAAAUGAUUAUCCCAGAUUACUCCUGCAAGUGAAUAAAGUAGAACCAACAGGUCGAGCGGCUAAGGAUACUAUAAGUGUGGAACAAAGCAUAGCAACUACAUUUCAGUUAAGAACAUUUGCUUAUGUAUAUGUGAAUAUUGUCAAUGUAGCAGAUGUUGCAUUGGAUUCAGUUGAACUGACUUUUAAAGAUCAGUAUUUAGGAAGAUCUGAAAUGUGGAGAUUGAAAAAUCAUUUGGUAAGCACUUGUGUAUAUUUAAAUAAAAAAAUUGAAUACUGUGGUGGGGCUAUUCGCUGUCAGGUGUAUGAAAUGUGGUCACAAGGCGACAGAGUAGCUUGCGGUGUUAUCACGGAAGACACAAAAAUUGUAUUUCGGUCCUCAACAUCCAUGGUAUACUUAUUCAUACAAAUGUCGUCAGAAAUGUGGGACUUUGAUAUUCAUGGAGAUUUAUACUUUGAAAAGGCUGUGAAUGGUUUCCUUGCAGAACUUUUUGCAAAGUGGAAGAAAAAUGGCAGCAAUCACGAGGUGACAAUAGUUCUAUUUUCCAGAACAUUUUAUAAAGCUAAGUCUUUGGAAGAGUUUCCACAGCAUAUGAAGGAAUGUUUACAGAAAGAUUACAGGGGUAGAUAUUAUGAGGACUUUUACAGGGUUGCAGUUCAAAAUGAAAGAUAUGAUGACUGGUCCAAUGUGUUGUUGCAAUUGAGAAGGUUAUUUACAGACUAUCAGAAAAUAGUUCUACAGUAUCAUGAGAGGCCAAACAUGGAAAUACCAACUGCCAUCAAUUCUACUGCUGCUCAAGGCAAUUUUCUUGAAGUAUUGAACAUGAGUUUAAAUGUUUUUGAGAAGCACUAUUUGGACAGAUGUUUUGAUCGGACCGGACAGUUAAGUGUAGUCAUCACGCCGGGUGUUGGAGUUUUUGAAGUUGAUCGUGAACUAACCAAUGUUACAAAGCAGAGAAUAAUUGAUAACGGAGUUGGCAGUGACUUAGUGUGUGUGGGAGAACAACCUCUGCAUGCUGUACCAUUACUGAAAUUUCACAACAAAGAUAGCAAUCUCAAUUCAAUAGACGAUUAUUCCAUGCCCCAUUGGAUCAAUUUGUCUUUUUAUUCGACAAAUAAGAAAGUUGCAUAUUCAAAUUUCAUACCGCGGAUAAAGCUCCCACCAAGAAAGAGUCAGGAGCCUCUGAAAAAAAUGUAUGAGGAUGAAACUAAGGGGAAGCUGUUAAAAGAGGAUGAAUAUAUGCACAAUUCCAUUUUCGAUUAUGACGCUUAUGACGCACAGAUUUUUCAAUUGCCUCCCGCCCAUAGCACUUGUGUUCAAAGAGUUCCUCGCACAAAGAAAACUUCGGUUGCUGGCUUAGAAGGCAUUAGUCGAAAGAGCCCACCAGCCUCUGCUCUAUAUCACAGAAAAAUGUCCGAUCCAGAUAUUCAUCAUAGCCUUGGUGACAUGUUGACAGGAGGGAGUAAAUAUGGUGGUAUUGAGUCAAACAGCGAUACAACUGAUUCGCCCAUUUCAAUCAAUAGAUUAUCACCACGAAGUUCAAUUUCCAUCAACAAGCCUGUGAUAAGAACUGGAAGAGCUCUAAUCAAUCCAUUUGAUCCGUCUCACGUUAAAGUGAAACUAACGAGUAAUCGAAGGAGGUGGACGCAUAUCUUCCCAAAAGGCCCGAAGGGUGUUUUAAUACAGCAGCAUCACUAUCAAGCCAGGCCGGCCGGUGAGCCUACUUCUAGGAACGACGAGCGCCGCGAGAAUAGCGCCGUGAAGGAAAAUGGCUCUUCUGUUAUGAACAACAACCACUCUGUGUACCAAGUGGAUGGCAAUAUCAUGAGCGGUCGUAAGCGUAUGAUCAGCGCUUCAAGCGCGCUGGGUUUGUUGGGGACCGCAACGAGCGUACUCGGCAGCGGUUCGGGCGGCAUGAGCUCCGGUUCGAGCGGACUGGGCACCGGUACGAGCGGGCUGAGCGCGGUCACGAGCGGAAUGGCACACCGUCGAGAGUGGACCCCAGCGUUGACGACAGGUGUGGAUUGGAAAUCGCUGACCAUCCCGGCGUGCCUCCCCAUCACCACCGACUACUUCCCCGACAAGCGCUCUUUGCAAAAUGACUAUCUGGUCUCCGACUACAAUUUGCUGCCAGACGACGUCAACGCCGACUUCGCCCAGAAUAGAGCGAUCUAUAAAAAACCCCUUACCACCAUGGAAGUCUUCAAAGAACUGGUCUCGCAGAGGCUCGCGCAAGGCUUCCAGCUGAUCGUCGGCCUGAACGAGAACGAGGUGAUCGAGGCGCACUGCCCCUCCACUCCGGCGCCGCCCCCCUCCAAAGUGGCGCCGCAGUCGGGGAAGCCCUCGAACGCGCCGACCAAGCGCUACCUGCUCUCAAUCGGCAGGAUCUUCCACAAGCUGACCCUCGUCGGUUCCACGAUCACGGUCACCAGAUACCGGCCCAGACACCCUUACCCGCCGUUCAACAUUCACUACCGGUAUCGCUUCCAUGCGCCCAACCACGAUACCUAUGAGGUAUCUUGGGUGUCCUUCACGACAGAGAAGCUGGAGAACUACAGCUGGAAUUACAUGGAUCACUACAUCUGCACCAGGGGCGAUACGGACUUCGCCCUGGUGGAGGCGUUGAAGUACUGGCGUUUCCGAACGUUGCUGCUGCCAUUGACCAAUCCCGCUACCAAGCAAAUACUAGAGGACGAGUUCACGCACUGCGAUAUAUAUCCGACGCCGACCCGUCAAGAUCUGGACCAGCUCACUGACGGUUUCCUCAAAAUGACAGAGAUCUACUUCAACAAGGUCAAGCGACCCAUCAAGCAGCGAAUGGCGCAGCCGGCCGCGGGCGCGGUGGACCCGGCUCUGACGCGCCGACGCCACUCCACUUCGAUCGUGACGCGGAACGCGCAGCAGGGCGGUGUAUCAAGCUCUCCCUUCAGAGAGCGAGUGGGCAGCACCCGUCUGCCGGACCGUCCGCGGCUUCGGAUGGAAAAUAUGGCUGCUGCUAAAACUGUUCUUGAGAGGACACAAUCGCAGACGGGCGAAACGGAAGAUACGUGCGAAGAUGGCGUGAUAGAGCCUAAGUUGAAGGCAAACUCUACCUUGUCGGAGAUAAUAGAGCGUAUGAGGCAUCCGACAUUGGGCGUGGGCUUUCUACAGCAGACAGUCAGCCUGCCGUCUCAUGCUUUCGUGUCAAUAUACGCCAUACACUGGCUUCAGGCAAACAUGGAAUCGAUGACGCAAGAGAAAGCUACCGUUAUUAUGGAGAAAAUGUUACAAGAGAAGAUGAUUUGUCAUGCGUCGGGUGACAGCACUAAGCGCUUUGUUGUCGGAUAUUAUAUGUACCACAUUCUGCCGCAGAAAAAGGACAAAGAAUUGACGGACUACGUGAAGCCGCUCGGCGACCUGCAGAGCUUCGAGAACGAGUGGAUGGAGGUGGAGGUGCUGGGCCCACGUUCGCCGCUGCUGCCGCAGCCGGCGGGUGCCGUGGACAUCGCCGGCGCUGGCGGGGAGCCCCCCGGUGUGCCCGCCUUCCUCUGCCACAACAUCGACCCGCGUUACAUGGACCACGGCGGCGACAGUGACAUGCCGCUGUACAAGAACACGCACUUGGACAUCGACAUUAACAACAAGAGCGACCGCAUCGAGUGGGGCCACGCGCGCUACCAGGCCACCUUCCGGCCCGACCAGGCCUACGAAAUGUGCAUACAGUGGGCCGUGGCCAGCGGGAACAUUGUCACGGAUCUGAUAAUGGGAUGGGCGCGUAAGGCGCAGAACUGCCGAUUGCAGAUGGUGCCCAUUCCCGCUGAUCCCCUUGCUUUGCCGUUCACGCUUAAAUCGGACCCAUUGCGAGGGCCGAUCUACGUUCCCUUGAACGAGGAACCAUUGUUAAGGGGAAAGAACGCCUUAUUUGAAGGGUUCCCCGAGGAGACGUGGCCGGAGCGGCUGUUCCUGUUCCAGGAGGCGAUCGCCGGCCGCUUCGGCUUCAUCAAGUGCACCGUGGAGAGCACCUCGCACGAGGGCGUCGGCGACCAGCUGUACGUGCACGUGACGGGCAACAUGUUCGUGCUCAUCCCCACCGCCGUCAAGUGCACCGAGCACCGCGCGCGCGCCCGCCCGCCCAACAAGCCGCUCAACGCUAACAGGUACCCCGUACAUUCGGAGGUGGCUCCGAGUCCUCACAAAGGAUACAUAUCCUGGCACGUGAGCGGAAAAAACAAGGACGAUUAUGACAACAGCAGAAGGAUGGGUUUCUUGUGGUCAUGGAAUCAUAUGAUCUCGAAGAAAUGGAAAUGGGCGCAGCCGGCUACGGGCGACGAAACCUUCCAAAUGAGGAUACUGAGGGACUUUAAGCAUUUCUGCGCGAACCACGAACAGAGCUCGAAAGCUCGAGAUCUUAUAUGUGUGCAAUCAUUGGAUGCAACUCUUAGCUUCUUCGAUCAAGAUACAUUCCUAUUUAUGUGCAUAUUUAACGACAUCUUAAUUCCUGGACCAGUAUCGUAUGUAGCUAGUAGUGACUUCUUCGUAAUUUGCAAAUCCACAUGGACUUUGGAAAUAUACAGCUAUCAACAAUUAAGAGAAAUGAGUGAAUUGAGCUUACGUCAGAAGAAAAUUAAUAUUCCCCAGUGGACGUACAGUGCCGGGGAAGAAAUAUCCGCCGUUCAAGUUAUUCGGACAAGCAGCAACUUUUCAAGCAUAAUUGCGUUGGGCGAAAGACAUCUCUACUGCUUCCAGGAUAAUGGACUAAUGAAAUACAUUAUUAGGUUUGAUUUUGUACCGAUCUGUUUUCACGCAUAUUUGAUUGGAUGGUAUUAUGAACCCGAUUUAAAUCCGAAUGUUAAUCUUAUAAACGAAGUAUUGGACCCAGAAAAAAUUCAAGCUGAGUUGGAGUCUGUCGAAGAAUCGUUGAAACAGAUUUUCGCUGAUGACAAAGGAACGGCUACCAAUUUAACCGAUGUUGAAAAUACUCUUACCAUAACGACAGAAGUCGGUACAUCCGUUCAAAAUGGUUUCGGAGGAUUCACUCAAGACAAUGAUAAUUUAAAAGAAAUAUCCUGCGUUGAAACACAUUCAAAGGAAAGGCUCAAAUUAAAGAGUUUGGAGAAUGAGCUUAAUAUAUUACAAAGGCAAUUUACCACCGUGCAAAAGAGAUUAUUAGUUCAGUAUGGCUCCUUGCCUCCUGGGAAUUGUGACCCUUUGGAGUUUCUAAUGCGAGACACGUAUGAGCGUGUAAUAAAAACUGUUCAAGAAAUUAUACAUAACAGGGAAGUAGUUUGCAGGGCAGGGAAUACGCUCGCUUCCGUGGGUCGUCUUAUCGUUCAUAUACUGAGAAACACUUCGGUAGAUACGUCGAAAGUUCUCCUCAUUGAAGAGAUGCUGUCGUUCGACUUACUUCAUGACGAUUGCCAAGAGUGGGAAGAAACAGUUACUCAAGUGGCGCCUUUCGUAACUAACAAACUGUUCAAGAGAUCGGAAAAAGAUAAGGAGAAGUUAGCCCCCGUCACAGAGCAGGAGAUAUUAUCUCACAUCAACCUCAAAAGAUUUUUGAGACAAUUGAAAUCGAUCUUGGAAAGCGUACUUGGGAAAAAUGAUGACGACAACGACAACGACAACGACGACGUGAAAAAUUCAGAGGGCGAAGUGAAAAACAUCGUUCGCACGGAAGAAUUAGUCGAGGUUAUA